UGCACGGAAGGUGCUAGACAUUUAUGGCUAACCAUCAAUUUAUCCAGGUAUGUCAGUAGUGAAAUAAAAAGUAUCAUCGAUCCAGUUAUACAAAGGAAUGCUUUUUUUGCACAUCCAGAAAAUAUGCUUCUGGCUAUGAUAUCGGAUGCUCGUCUAAAUGUGAGAAAAUUUGCAUUAAAACAAAUAAUGAAAGCAAGAUCAAUCAAAAUAAACAAAGUUCGAAAGUUCUCUAUACCAGAAAUCAAUUUUGAAGCAACAGACUAUAUAGACCUUAUUGAUUGGAUUAAAUGUGAACUAAGUGAACCUCCGAUUACCACUCACAUUUCAGAUGAAAAUCUAAUUGAAAUGUUAACAAAUGGUAAUCUUCCAGAUGUGCAGCAUUUUCCAUGCCAUACUCAAGGAGUAGAGAGAUGCAUCAAACUUGUAAUCGAAGCUUCAGAUCAAGUUUGCGGUUUGGCUAGUAGAGAUGGCUUCAUUCGUGCAAGACUUGCAUCGCGAAAAAAAAUGCCUAUAUUCAACACAAAAAGACAGUUUGAGACAGAGACAAAUGAAUCAGAUAGUUGAACUUUAUUACAGCUCAACUUUAAACAUUUUUCAAAAACAUUUUCCACUCUAUUAAAACUUUAAUUGUACAUUAUGGACUGCUAAGCUUGUUUUCCAGAAACUAAUUAAACAGUGUUUUUUCGUCAAAACUCAGCACACUAGCGUC